ACUCUUAGACGAAUGCGUGAACAGCCAUGGCAAGUGGUAAGCCUAGACUUCAUCACUGGGCUACCAACUACCACAAGCGCUCAUGACGCUAUCCUCGCCGUCAUUGUCAAGUUCUCCAAAAUGGGACACUUCAUCCCGACACACACCACAGCACGCACCGAGGAGACAGCACAACUUCGCUACAUCAUCUCACAACAUGGCAUUCCGACCACACUCAUCUCCGACCGAGACCCUAAGCUCACCAGUAAAUUAUGGAAAGAGUUGAUGUCUCUGCUCGGGACCAAACUCGCCAUGUCAUCCGCCUACCAUCCACACACAGAUGGACAGACCGAGCGCCUCAACCAAAUUGUGGAGCAACUCCUCCUCGCAGCCUGCAAGGACGACAUCUCCAAAUGGGACUUGCAUCUGCCCGUCCUGGAGUUUGCCUACAACAAUGCUACUCACGCCGCUACUGGACAGACGCCGUUCUUCCUUUGUUAGAGACGCCACCCACUCACACCUCA